ACUUUGAAAAAAAUCAAACGAAAAUAAAUAAAGAAGGAAAACAAUAAAAAAAAAAAAAAAAAAAAAAGGAAAUGGAAAAAUUGAUAUCCAAGUGUAAUCAUGAUAUGAUUUGUCGGGAAUACAAGAGAAAGGGUAAAAAAGAAAAAAAGAAAUUGGUAUGUAGGUAUCAUGAUAAUAUAAAAAAAAAAAAAGGAAAGAAAAUAAAUGAUACUCAUGUCAUGUCAUAUAAUUUGUUGAGAAUUUAAAAGAGAGAGAGAGAGAGAGAGAGAGAGUGAAAAAAAGAAAGAAAGAAAAUCGAGCAUAUAUGGGGAAAAAGAAAUCGAUAUGUAGGUGUAUCGUGGCCCACAAUUUAAGAAAAAUCAAAAAGGAAAAAAGAAAACAAAAGAAGAAAAGAAAAUCAGAGAAAAAUAAUAAUAACAAAAAGAAAAAAACCAAAAUAAAUAAAUAAAAAAAUAAAAAAGAAAUUGAUAUCAAAUUAUAAGCAUUGAUACGAUUUAUGCGAAAAUAAAAAUUGCUUAUGCGGAUGUCACGUGAUACGAUUUGGCGGGAAUACGAAAAGAAAAAGAAAAAGAAAAACGAAGAAAAGUGAUGAGAAGAAAAAUGAGAAGAGGUGUUAAAAAGAAGGACGAAAAGAAAGACGAACAAACAAAAAAGACAAAACAAAUACAAAAACAAAAAGAAAAGAAAAAAACAAAAAGAAAGGUAGAAAGAUCGAGAGAUCUUUUAGGAAAAAAAAAAAAAGAAAAAAAAAUAAACAAAGAAAUUGGUAUGUAUGUAGGUGUUUCACGCGAUAAGAUUUUCGCGAGAAUUAGGAUGCAGGAAUAGCAGGUAGAAAUGAGAACGAUGUAUGUAUGUGUGUGUAAACGUAUAUGUGAGAAAGAGAAAGAGAGAGAGACAGAGAAACAGAGAGAGAAAAAGAGAGAAAGAGAAAGAGAGAGAAAGAAAGAGAUAGAAAGAGAGACACCCGGUAUAUAAAAGUUGGCCGACCGUCUGGCGAGCCCCAGUGCACAAAUGGGAUAGGUAACUGAUUCUCUGAUCUAGUGGUGUAAGAUCCCUCCUGGAGAGAACGUGGCAAGCUUCUGCUACGUCGACGACGAUGACCACGGCUACGACGACUACGACGACUACGACGACGAGGACGACGACUAUAAAGAAAAUGACUAUGACUAUUACGACUAUGACUAUGACUAUUACGACGACGAUGUCUCUCUGAAUUUGUUCAGAAUUUAAGAGAUAGAUAGAUAGAUAGAUAGAUAAAUAGAUAGAUAGAGAUAAAAAGAGAGAAAGAGAAAGAGAGAAAGAGAGAAAGAGAGAAAAAUAGAAAAGGAGAAGACCAAACGAAUCUUAUUCUCGUCAUCAUUUAUUUCCGGAAGGGAGAGAGAAAAUCAUUAAUAUCUGAUAUAAGAAGAUAAAGGAAUAACUACUUCUAAGGAUUUCGAAAAGGACAACGAUUGAUAAAUUUCUUUAUCAAUAAGAGACACAAAUGCCUAAGAAAAUGUUAUUGCUGUUCGUAUUCUUAAUCGGUAGCGUUAAAUCGGGUGAAUUUGAGGUUGAAUUUGAAUUACCUGAAGUACCAAAUGAAUCCGCAGCUUUACCAAAGGAGGAUAUUCAACCGAUACCACUUCCUGGUCAACUCUAUCCACGAGAAAGUGAAUCACGUGAGGUGAAAUCGCUUGAUGGUUUAUGGGAUUUUAUUGCCUCACCUUCUGAUGACGUCUUGAAAGGCUACAGAGAAUUCUGGUACAUUGAUUCACUGUCAAAGGCUGGUGAAUUGAUUAAAAUGCCAGUACCGUCUUCCUAUAACGACAUAACAACAUCCAAAGAACUUAGGGAUUACAUUGGUGCUGUCUGGUACGAACGUACAUUUUUCAUACCCUGGUCCUGGCAAACUCAAAGAAUUUUUCUCAGAUUUGGUUCUGUUAAUUAUCUCGCACAAGUUUGGAUCAACAAUGAAUUGGUUAUGGAACACGAGAUUGGAAAUCUUCCGUUUGAAGCAGAAAUAACGAAAUACUUGUUCUUCGGUUUAAAAAAUCGUAUAACCGUUGCGGUUGACAAUACCUUGCUUCAGACCAGUGUACCACAAGGAAAGAUAUACGACAUUAUUACCGAUAACGGAACGAAACACUUUCAAAGUUAUUCUUUUGAUUUUUUCAAUUAUGCUGGUAUACACAGAUCCGUACUGUUGUACACUACACCGCGGGUAUACGUCAAGGAUAUAACUGUAAGAACCGGAGUGGUAGAUGACAUGGGUAUAAUAAAAUAUACAAUACAAGCGGCAGGUUUAAACCAAGGUGAAAUACCGAUCUGUACUGUGACCUUGCAUGAUACUGAAGAAAACUUGGUAAUAAAGGAGACAGACAAUACAUACUUAUCUGGUACUCUUAAAGUACCUAAAGCUAAACUUUGGUGGCCGCGAGGCAUGAAUUCUACACCUGGUUAUCUUUAUACUCUCGAGGUCAGAUUAUCAACACAAAAUGAUACCAGUUCAGACGUUUACAGAUUAUCUAUUGGAAUUAGAACCGUGUCAUGGACGAAUACGAGUUUAUUAGUGAAUGGUAAACCCAUUUAUAUGAGAGGUUUCGGUAGACACGAAGAUGCAAUUAUACGAGGCCGGGGUUUCGACCUUGUUACUAUGAUCAGGGACUAUGAACUUUUACAAUGGGUUGGUGCUAAUUCUUAUAGGACUAGUCAUUAUCCUUACAGCGAUGAAGUCCUUGAUAUGGCUGAUAGGCUUGGUUUCAUGAUCAUCGACGAGUGCCCAUCAGUCGACACAGAAAACUUCACACCUAUUUUACUUUUACGUCACAAAACAUCCCUGUCGGAACUUGUUCGAAGGGAUAAAAAUCAUCCUUCUGUUAUCAUGUGGUCUCUUGCUAAUGAACCAAGAACACAAUUACAAGGUGCCGAUGAAUAUUUCAAACAAAUUGCUGAUCAUACUAAAGCUCUUGAUCCUACUAGACCUGUUACCAUAGCACUUGCAAGAAGCGUUCAGGAGGACAAAGUUGGUCAAUAUUUGGACGUGAUUAGUUUUAAUCGUUACAAUUCGUGGUAUGUAAAUUCUGGUAGAUUGGAUAUGAUCAUUGAUCGUGUAUUUACCGAGGCCGAAGCUUGGCACAGGAAAUAUGAUAAACCUGUGCUUAUGUCCGAAUAUGGCGCAGACACUUUGCCUGGUCAACACGAGUUACCUAGCUAUAUAUGGAGCGAAGAAUAUCAAACCGAAAUGUUUUCCAAACAUUUUGAAGCGUUCGAUCGUUUAAGAUAUGAAGGCUUCUUCAUUGGGGAAUUUAUUUGGAACUUUGCGGACUUUCGAACAGCUCAAACUUAUUACAGAGUAGGUGGAAAUAAAAAAGGUAUUUUUACAAGAGACAGACAACCAAAAAUGGUAGCUCAUCACGUUAGAAAGAGAUAUUACGCGUUAGAAAUGGAAAUAGAUGGAACGCAAUUACCACAAAAUCUCGAGAGUUACGUUUCUAAUUUUUACUCUCAACAUAUAGAAUUGUAAUUGUAAUUUAACCUUCCUUUUUUUUCUUUUCAUUUCUUUUUUUUUUUUUUGGAAAGUCUAUUCGCUUAACAUUUACAUCUUUUACUACUUCUUUAUCUUUCAAUUCUUUCGGAUAUGUCUGCACAGAUAUAUAUUUACCAUGUGAAAUUGAAUUAUUUAUUUCAAUGCAAGACAUAUCCCUAUAAAAAGUACUUGUUAAUAUCUGUUUACUUUAUAACGGAUCAAUUACGUAUAUUUUUAAGGAUUGUAGCUUUCAUAAAUGUCACCACUUUAUCUAUCUAAUUACUUAAUCAUUAAAUAAUUAUUAUCUAACAAUGACCUUGCUAAACUGCUGCUGCUACGUUUCCUAUGUUUUUAUAUAAAACAAAAAAAAACAAAAAAAAAAUAACAGUAUUAAAAUUUUCUAAUAACUAUAA